UUCUUCGCAUCUAGGCGGCGCCACCUAUUUUUCCCGCGAACUCCUCUCUUGUCUUCGCGUGUGAAAGAUCAGCUUCCGCCUGAGAGCGGUCCUUCCGGUUUGGACGCCAUUAGCGAAACGCAGACAUGGCCAUCAGGUAUCCCAUGGCGGUUGGUCUUAACAAAGGCCAUCCAGUCACCAAAAACGUUGCCAAGCCCAAGCAGAGCCGCAGACGAGGACGUCUGACCAAACACACCAAGUUUGUGCGCGACAUGAUCCGCGAGGUGUGUGGUUUUGCGCCGUACGAGAGGCGCGCUAUGGAGCUGCUCAAGGUGUCCAAGGACAAGCGUGCUCUGAAGUUCAUCAAGAAAAGGGUGGGAACUCACAUCCGCGCCAAGAGAAAGAGAGAAGAGCUCAGCAACAUUCUGGCCGCGAUGAGGAAAGCUGCUGCCAAGAAGGAGUAGCCCGUGUAAUGACAAAUAAAUGUUUGUGUAAAAACCA